AUGCCCAAGAAGAAGUCGCCUCAGGAACAGCUGUCAGCUUUUUGGUCCAGCUUCCACUCCAGGUCUCCCGGAAAAGUCACCUCCAUCUUUCCCCGUGCCCUGUACGCAAACCUUCUGCCAUCCUUGGAUGCCAACCAUCCCAAAUGGCGUACCAAUGAGCACUCCACCUCCCGCAACGCCCAGGAGUCGUACGAGGCAGCCGCGUGUGAGUGCCGUGCCCGCGUUCGCCGCAUCGUCCGCGAGUGUGAACGCACCAAUGAGAAGUUCACCGAUCCCGAUUUCGACAUUGAACGCGAUCCCAGCAACAAUUGCCUCAAUCGCCUCAUCCGCGACGAUGCUCAAGUCGUGGCCAAUGAUCAGUACAUCGAGGACGAUCCCAAGGCUGCUCCAGGGAUGGCGACGACCACCAGUCGGGAGUUCUGUGAUGCGAAACCUGGCUCGCAAAAUUGUCGUCCUGGAGCCGGCGUUGAGUAUACCUUUGGCUCGAUUCACCGUGUUGACUGGAUCUUCGAGAACCCUCAGUUUACCAUUAACGGGUUCUCCUCGUCUGAUAUCAAGCAGGGCAGCGCUGGUGACUGCUGGUGGCUUGCUGCCAUUGCCACUAUAGCCCACCGCCGUGACCUGAUGGACCGCGUCUGUGUCGCUCGCGACGAGGAGUGCGGCGUCUACGGUUUCGUCUUUCAACGAGACGGCGAGUGGGUCUCAACGGUCAUCGACGACAACCUUUAUCUCAAGAUGAAGGACUUUUCCGACUACCACGCCAAUGUCUAUGAUCAUACGGGUCAUAGGUCGAGAACAUGGCGCAAACGUUAUCAAACUGGUAGCGAGGCACUGUAUUUUGCCAGAUGUGACGACCCUAACGAGACGUGGCUUCCCUUGCUUGAAAAGGCGUUUGCCAAGUGCCAUGGUGACUAUGAGUCUCUGACAGGGGGCUGGCCUGCGAAGCUGUCGAGACAUGACUGCGCGUUACACGACACUGCGAUGGGCUCAAGCUGCUACUCAGAGCGAAACGGCAUCGCCAUGAGUCAUGCCUACUCCAUCUUGCAGUCGAGGGAGGAAUCGGACGAGGAGGGUCGGCGCGUUCGUCUUGUCAAGAUUCGAAAUCCUUGGGGCCAGCGCACCGAGAGGGGGCUUGGCGAAUGGGCUGGCGCCUGGUCUGACGGCUCCAAGGAGUGGACGCCGUAUUGGCUCGCAAAGCUUGGCCACGAAUUUGGUGACGAUGGUGUAUUCUGGAUGUCAUUUGACGACAUGCUUCAGACGUUUAGCCAUAUACAUCGUACACGGCUCUUUGACGAGCGGUGGACCGUCGUGCAGCGAUGGACAGCCGCGCACGUCGCAUGGGUCACGGGCUAUCUGCGAUCAAAAUUCGUACUCGAGGUCAAAGAAGCUGGACUCGUGGUGCUGGUGCUCGCACAGCUUGACGAUAGGUACUUCGAGGGCUUCGCUGGCGGAUACAGUUAUGAGCUACACUUUACGUUGCAGAAAGCAGGGGCUGGCAAGGCAGGGCAGGGCGAUCAGAUCUGCCGCGUGCGACCCGCUCACGAGAUGGAGAAUCGGAGUGUCAGCUGUGAGGUUGAACUAGAGGCGGGUCGAUACGAGGUCCUCCCGAAAAUCACAGCUACGCGCGAGAAGGACGCGUUGAGCGUUGGAGACCUUGUCAAGAAGUACGCCGACGUGAACCCGCAAAAGCUGCGCCAGGUGGGCAUGCAGUAUGACCUUGCCCAUGCCAAGGGAGGCGUACCGGACGAGGACGGCGCGCUAGAGAGCAAGAAGACCGAGCUCAAGCGGAAGAAAGCUGAGAAGAAGAAAAGGAUGGCGGACAAGAAACAAAAGGCGAAGACUGAGAAACAGAAGCAGCGCGCUUUAAAAAGGGCAAAGAGGGCUAUGAGAAAGGCCAAGAAGGCUAUUGACGAAGCAGUUAACGGCAAUGAUUCUGGAGAUGGCGUGAAUGGGGCCCAAUGUCGCGAAACGAACACGAACACCUCCACCGACACAAAUGGAGAGCAAGACAAGAAGGAUAUAAAUUCCUCUCAAGCCACCAAAGGCAUUAAUGACGAUACCAUUGACGAUUCCACGUCCACGGCGGACUCAACAGCCAUUGAGCAGGAAUCGAAACACGAUGCUGACGAGCAUGCGAAACCUAUCGACGAUAUUGCGAAACCCGCCGACGACGAAACGACGCCCCCCACGACUGCUGCGGUUGCAACCACUCUGCUGACGCCCCCGUGCCAGAGCCCUGCGAGCGAGUCGGGUGGGAAAGAGCAAGAAGCCACGGCAACUGUCCAGCCUGCUGAAACAGAGGCGGCAACGGAGACUGAGAAAAUCGAUUCUGAAGAUUCUGAUUCCGAAUCAUCGUCCGAGUCUGACACCGAAUCGGACACGGACUCGGAUUCUAGCCAUGACAGCAGCGAUGACGCCGAAACGCCGUGGAACGCCGUUUGCGUUAUCGGGCUUCGCGUUUACGCCCGUGAUCCUUGUGUGUCGGUGUCGCUGGUCAAGCCUGACGACGAUUUUGAAGGGGCGGCCUUAACGGUCGAUGGGGCGCCUGCGGGUGCCACAAUGUGA